AUGGUAUUUAUUCGCUCUCUUUCCCGUCAAUUGAGACGACCUGCUACUCAAUACUUCGCCAAUGCUUUCGCGCGGGCUCCUUUCAAUGCACGUACGCUAACCGCAACUGCCAAUCUUCAGGGCAAGGUUCUUCUAGUUCUCUACGACGGUGGUGAGCACUCCAAGCAGCAGCCCCGUCUGCUGGGUACCACUGAGAAUGAGCUCGGUAUUCGCAAGUGGCUCGAAGACCAGGGUCACACCCUGGUGACCACCUCUGACAAGGAUGGUGAAAGUUCCACCUUUGAUAAGGAGCUGGUUGACGCCGAGGUCAUCAUCACUACUCCUUUCCACCCCGGUUACCUGACCGCCGAGCGUCUUGCUAGGGCCAAGAAGCUCAAGCUUGCUGUCACUGCCGGUAUCGGUUCUGACCACGUCGACCUGAAUGUUGCCAACAAGACCAACGGCGGUAUCACCGUCGCAGAGGUCACUGGUAGUAACGUCGUCUCUGUUGCUGAGCACGUCAUCAUGACCAUCCUUUUGUUGGUUCGCAACUUUGUCCCCGCCCAUGACCAGAUCCGCAACGGUGACUGGAACGUUGCUGCUGUCGCCAAGAACGAGUUCGACCUCGAGGGUAAGGUUGUCGGUACCGUUGCUGUCGGCCGUAUCGGUGAGCGUGUUCUGCGCCGCCUGAAGCCCUUCGACUGCAAGGAGCUGCUCUACUACGACUACCAGCCCCUGAGCCCCGAGGUUGAGCAGGAGAUUGGCUGCCGUCGCGUUGACAAACUCGAGGACAUGCUCGCUCAGUGCGACGUUGUCACUAUCAACUGCCCCCUGCACGAGAGCACUCGCGGUCUGUUCAACAAGGAGCUCAUCUCCAAGAUGAAGCCCGGUGCUUGGCUCGUCAACACUGCUCGUGGUGCUAUCGUUGUCAAGGAAGAUGUUGCCGAGGCUCUCAAGUCUGGUCACCUCCGUGGAUACGGUGGUGACGUCUGGUUCCCCCAACCUGCUCCCAAGGACCACCCUCUCCGCUAUGCCGAGCACCCCUGGGGUGGCGGUAACGCCAUGGUUCCUCACAUAUCUGGUACCUCCAUCGACGCCCAGAUCCGCUACGCUGAGGGUACCAAGAACAUUCUGGACAGCUACUUCUCUGGCCGUGAGGACUACCGUCCUCAGGACCUGAUCGUCCACAAGGGUGACUACAUUACCAAGGCAUACGGCCAGCGCAAGUAG